AUGCGCAUCUCCAACCUGCUGUCGUGGGGUCUCGCUGCUGUGGUCGCGUGGGCGGCUGACGUGGACGAUGACAUCAAGAGCAUCAGUCCGUAUCUCGAUUCAGACAUGCAGAGCCGGUGGUACGACUUUGGCGGCGACACCGUGAUCCGGACAGACCAGUACAUCCGCUUAACGGCAGACCGCCCGUCCCAGAUGGGCUGGAUCUUCUCGCGCGUGCCGCUGACCGCGACCAACUGGCAGAUCGAGGUCGAGUUCAAGAUCCACGGUACCAACACCUUAUUUGGCGACGGUUUCGCCAUGUGGCUGACCAAGGAGCGGGGCCAGCCGGGCCCCGUCUUUGGCAGCGUCGACAAGUUCGAGGGUCUGGGCAUCUUCUUCGACACCUACAAGAACAACCGCCCCGGCGUCGUCUUCCCCUUUGUUAUGGCCAUGGUCGGCGACGGCAAGACCCCUUACGACAAGGACGCUGACGGCAAGGCCAACGAGCUGGCCGGCUGCUCGGCGCGCGGCAUCCGCGGCGCCAACAUCCCCACCCUGUUCCGCCUCACCUACUUCCAGGACAAGUCGCUCAAGCUCGAGCUGCAGUACAAGAACGAGGGCGAGUGGACCCUGUGCUUUGAGACCAGCGAUCCCCCGACCCUGCCGCCCGCGACCUACCUCGGCUUCUCGGCGGAGACGGGUGAGCUCAGCGACAACCACGACCUUAUCUCGGUGGCCGUCAGCAGCCUGUACGGCCCAUCUUCGGGCGAGAAGGCGACACCCGGCAACAAAGGUGGCUCCAGCGGCCACCGUCUAGGCAGCUCGAGCAAGGCCAAGAAGAGCGGCGGCUGGCUGUGGUUCUUCACCAAGAUCAUCCUUUUCGUCCUCGCUGUUGGCGGCGGCUAUGUUGGCUACACCGCAUGGCGGACGAACAAGCGGUCGCACAGAUUCUAA